AUGCGGAAUGUCAGACAACCGCCGAAAGAAUCGAUCAACAGUUGUGUUUCUAUCGCGAAGCCCACACGCUGCUCUACUAUGCUGAACCUUUCUAACCAUUCUUAUCAACAUACACUUUCAAUUGAGCUAAGAAGAAUAUUUAAUGUGAACUUUCCUUGUAAUUUGAAGACUCGAGAGAUUUUUGUAAGAUUUGCUAAGGUUUCCUACUAG